UAUUUCUGUUUUGUAAUGAGAAAUAAAGUUCUUUAAACAUUAAAAUCGUAUCUCGGUAGCAGGGUGUGAUGUAUGAGCGUAUAUAUGGCCGUGUUGUGCGAAUUGCGCGCGAGUGCUCUUGCCGACGCUGUUGCGGGUGUCGCUGGUUGAUUUGUUGCUUCUCUUGCCGCUGUACUUGUCAUCGCACCACUGACUGAAAGACGAGACAUGGAGACCGCUCUGCUUUUCACGCUCUUGGCCCUUCAUCAGGUUGCCGGGGACUGCAAAAAUUGUGUGAAGCUAGAUAAAGAGCAAGAAGCAAUGUUUCGCACACAUUCUGAUGCCUGUUUAGCGGAAGUUGGUGAAGGGAGGGCGGAUCUAAUAGUCGAUCUGAAGGGUAUGAAGGGUGGGCCUGCUGCUCGUAGUUACAUCUACUGCGUACUCCAACGUUGCAAGAUGGUCGGCAAAGAUGGGAAGAUGUUGAAGGCUGCUGUAAUAAGCAAACUUAUGCUGGGACGGAGCUCUGCUAAGAAAGUCACCAAGGAGUUGGAAAGCUGCGUGGAGAAGACUGACGGCGAUAGACCAGAAGAUCAUGCGUGGACUUUGUUUCAUUGCAGCUGGAACCAAAAAGGGAUACCUGGCGACUUCAUGCCGCAUCUGAUACCAGCUGAUGUCUAGUUUAAAAAUGUGCCCUUGUAUUUCUGUGCAUUUUAUGUUACUACCUAAACUACUACUUUCGUUACCACUAACAAUAAUAAAACAUUUUAACAGAU